UUGCUAGUUGGAAACGGUUGAGUGCGCACAUUUAAAAUUCGCUCGGUAAAACAAAUAGUAGAUUUAAGGUUUUUAUUGUAACCAUAAUGCUUUACUUAGUUAGUAGAGUAACACUACUCUACGGUGUAUUGUGUGUAGUAUAUCUAACGACGGCCCAAGAGAGUCGGUUAACGUGCGGUAGACGCAAAGUGAAGUCGGUUUACCUUAUCCACAAUGGCAUUGACGCCAAGGCCGGUCACUGGCCGUGGCAUGCAGCGGUCUUCCAUAACAUGACCGGAAGGACGGAUUACGCUUGCGGUGGAUCGAUCCUUGACGAGGACACUAUUCUCACAGCCUCUCAUUGCGUGCAUACUCGACGAGGUGUGCUCCCGGCGGCUCGCGUGUUAGUACACGUGGGACAAAUCAAUCUGAAAGAAGCAAGCGAAUACACGCAGACGCUUGGGGCACGGGAAAUUAUACUUCACCCUGGAUUUAGCAGAAACAGCAUCAUCAACGACAUUGCGUUGAUCAAGCUUAGCUCCAACAUAACGAUGACGAAAUACGUGCAACCUGUUUGUUUGUGGACCAUGGACAGCAAGAAAGAGUUAAUCGUUGGUAAAAAUGGAACGAUUGUGGGGUUCGGUUUAAACGAGCAGGACGUUGUAUCGGAGCGGCUCAAACAGGCCUUGAUUGGUGUGGUGGAUGCGUUGACGUGCAUUGCAAGUGAUCGUAGUGUGUUUGGAACUCACCUUACGUCGGACAUGUUCUGUGGGAAAGGACAGAAGGGUGUGAGUGCAUGCAACGGAGAUAGCGGUGGCGGUAUGUUCUUUGAAGUCGGUGGCAAAUGGUUCGUGAGGGGCUUGGUAUCGUUCACGCCAUUGCGAGGUAACACGACGCUAUGCGAUCCGCUAAAGUACACGGCCUACACCGAUGUGGCAAAGCACUUGGAAUGGAUUAAGCAGUACAUUGAUCAGCGAGUGCUGUCGUUCGAAAGCGAUGUGUUGGAUAUAGACUAUGAAGAAAAACUACGCCUGUUCAACUUCCAGACGUGCGGUGUGAAAUCAUCUACUGUUCAUCCUGGCGGAUCUAAUUGGACACUACCCUGGCUUGGAUUUGUCAGAGCGCCGAAUGAGUACAAAACUAGAUGUGUUGUUACACUCAUAAGCGAUUGGUAUGCGGUUGGACCUGCGCAUUGUUUCGAAAAUGACGGUGUUGAGGCUUUCAUUUUGUUAGGUGCUGGAUACGAACACUUAAAAUCGGAAUGUUUCGACCGCAACGGAUCUACCCUAUGCACUCAUCUCUCCCAAAUGCGACGUAUUCAAAGGAUCAUUGUGCAUCCAAUGUUCGGUACAAACAAUGCUGCAGACAAUAUCGCACUCAUCGAGCUGCUAUCCCCAGCAGACACCAGCCAGCCAAACGUGAAGCCUAUCUGCCUGCCUGUAACGUCUGAGCUUAGAACGAACGCAAAGACAAACUUACACGUUGCAGUGAUUUCAAGAGAUGAAGACUCGUACAAAAACAUUCCCGUUCGCUAUCUAGACUCUGCCGAGUGUAUGAAACUGUACGCCCAAGAGAACAUUGUGUUGAAUCUGGAAAACAAACGACUCUGCGCAGAAAUAGCGAACAACCAGGACGAACAAAAUUGCAAUGCACUUAUAUCAGGAUCACCGCUUCAGGAACUGAAGAUGUUUGGUGGUAAGGAGCAAUACUUCCUGCGAGGAUUCGAGUUGCUUGGACAGGCCUGUAAUGCGCGUGCACCACCAAUUUACAACAAUAUCGAGGCAUACAUCGACUGGAUACUGUACAACAUGAGGUACAACGAGCCGGAGGACUUUGUACAAACAGAAAGUUUGCCAGCUAAUGACACGUUAAAAUCACAAUGGAUGAGACUACAGCAACAACCAGGGAAUGAAAAUCUUCAACUCUUCAAUAUGAGGUCGUGCGGUGUAACGGCAAACAUCGUGAAUGCAAAAACGGGCUCCAUCGUCGUCUAUCCCUGGAUGGUGACAGUGUUUGGUUGGCGGACAAUUAUAGAUGAGGAUAAACAAUUGGAAGUGCAAAGUGUAGGAGUAUUGAUAAGCGAACGAUACUUUCUAACAAACGCCCAUCUAGUGAAACAGAAAGCAUGGUGGCGUUCGGUUGUCAUUGGAUUGAGCAACCUUAUCCUCCAAGCUCAGUGUGUCGGUGACUCUUGUGUGCAAGCGGUUGAGGCAACCAUUAGAAGCAUUCACAUCCAUCCGAAUUAUGCAAACGAUCCGCUUAAUUAUAAUAUCGCACUGGUUGAGCUUACAUCACCAGUUAAUUCCACCAGCCGACACAUCAAACCAAUCUGCAUGCCAUUUCUUAAGGAUAUGUUUAAGACAAAUCCGCUCGAGCUGGUUGUUACCUCGAACGAGGACUUGGACAUGAGAAGCAAAACGUUGACAGCACUCAAUCCGACCACCUGUCAACGGCAACUGGCACAGGAAGGGUUUCUGACCUCAACAAAAACUGUUCCUUGGUGCGCGGUAGCUGCAGACAAUCGUCAACAGUCAUUGCCGCUGCUGCUAAAUGGAGGUGCACCACUGCAAGCCCGAAUGCAGUUCGAUGAGGAUCAGCGGUUUUUCCUGAGAGGCAUCAAUCUACGCAACAACGUGCCGAACGAGUUACCUUACCUUCCGGAGUUGUUCACCAAUGUUGACCGGUUUCUGGAAUGGAUUGUGGACAACAUGAAGGGCAAAGAGCAUAAUGUGCCACUUUUUAACGUGUCCAAAGCAUCAGAUCCUAGGCGUAUUGAUUUGCCCCCAGUACAGGACGGUUCCAAGAGAAGAUCGUUCAAUUUCAGCAACUGUGGAGCUAUCCCGCCAGUAAAUGGGUCUUUCAAUAGUUUUCCAAUUAUCCCAUGGAUGGGUUUCUUAUCUUCUAAUGCAACCCUUAACAUGUCUAGCAAAUGUGCAGUCACUCUUGUUAGCGAAUGGUACGCCGUGAAUUUGGCGGCUUGUUUUAGUGGAGAUAACCUCGAAUACUCCGUUCUAUUUGGCGUCAAUAGCGUCAAAAUGCAUACAGACUGUACCGAUGCAGCAAGUGGAUGUGGUGCCCCUACCCAACGAAUUCCAGUGCGCAAGGUCAUCAUCCAUCCACAGUACGAUAGCUCUGUCUACCGCAAUGAUAUUGCGUUGAUUCAGUUUGCAAGAGCAGCGGAUACAUCUCAACCAAAUGUUAAACCAAUCUGCCUUCCAGUGUUGGAUGAAGUACGUAGCUAUGAUACAUCCAGCCUAGUUGCAGUUGGUCAAAACGAGGAGGACACUCGAUUCAUACUUUCCAAUGCAGGUAAUAGGUACGUUGAAUCGACUGAAUGUCAAAAUCGUUGGGAUAGUUUGGCAGUCAAUCUUCCCAUCGAAAACAGAAAGAUGUGUAUUUUGCUUGAAAUAGCACCUAAUAAUGAGUGUUUCGAUCUACUGAUCGGUUCAUCGCUGCAGACAAUUCAAGUAGUCGGUUCGAACGAAAGACAUUUUCUACGCGGCAUUCUCGAGCUCAAAGCGGUAGUUUGUAAUCUUCACUUUCCACUAGUGUACACAGAUACAGAUCGUUAUUUAGAUUGGAUGUUGGAGAACAUGGUAGAAACCGAACUGUCGGCAUAUUCAUUAAGAUCGUCAUACGAUUUGAGAGAAAAACUCAUUUUUACUAAUUAAUAUACCAGUUAAUAUGCCGCGGGAAUCUAAGAUCAUAUAAGAUUCCCAAUCGUCAUUUAUUGCAACUGUACGACUGUAUUGCGGUUACGUUACGUCAUAAAUAAACCAGAAUAGUAGAAUUGAUAUCGUGAGAC